CGAGGACGGCCCGCUUGCCUUUGAGUCGCCCGCUGCAUACAACCACCGCUUAGGAAGAUAUUGGCAGUUCUACCUCGACGACCGAGAUGUCGUGGGCCGGCUUCAAGAAGGGCGUGAACCGCGCCACCACGCAGGUGAUGAUGAAGACUGGCCAGGUCGAGAGGACCAACGACCGGGACUACGAGGUCGAGGAGAGGAGAUACCGGACGAUGGAAUCGGCCGCCACCCGUUUGCAGAAGGAGGCCAAAGGAUAUUUGGACAGUUUGCGAGCGAUGACAGCAUCCCAAAUGAGGAUCGCAGAGACAAUCGACGCAUUCUACGGCGACGCUGGUACCAGAGAUGGCGUUUCGCGAUCCUACAAGCAGGCCGUCGAAGAUCUAGACGCCGAAACUAUCAAAGCGCUUGAUGGCCCAUACCGAGCAACUGUCCUUGAACCGAUCUCCCGCUUCUGCGCGUACUUCCCUGACAUUAACGAAUGCAUCAAGAAACGAAACAACAAACUCCUCGACUAUGACUCCAUGCGCUCCAAGGUCAAGAAGCUCGUCGAAAAACCCGACAAAGACGUGACCAAACUACCUCGUGCGGAAAAAGAAGCCGAAAUGGCGAAGCAAGCGUACGAACAACUCAACGAACAACUCUUCACCGAACUUCCCCAACUCAUCGAUCUCCGUGUCCCCUACCUCGACCCCAGCUUUGAAGCACUCGUCAAGAUCCAACUCCGGUUCUGCGCAGAAGCAUACAGCCGCAUGGCACAGGUGCAGCAGUACUUGGACCCAGAAACCAGAGAACAAUAUGCACGUGGAGAUUUGGACAAUCGCGUGGAGCAAGUUCUCUCCGAGAUUCGAGAUCUGACCAUUGCUGGAACCGUCUAAGCAAGACAACUCACACAUCAACUUCAAGAUUCCUCAACAACGGAUUCUCAGUAUUCAGUAUCUGCACGUUGGCAGACCAGACAAAAAUUUCAACAACAUUACAAAACAAAAAAUGCGGGCAAUGCUUUCUCCAGGGCUUAUGGAUGGGAUGACUGAAUGGGAUUGAGAUGGAAAUGGUGACGGGCUGGGGGGCGGCUUGCCUCUUCUGAGAGCGUCAGAGCAUAACAUAGCAUAGCGUUGGCGUUUCAUGGCAGGCACAAGCUCGGUACAAGACAGCACAGACACUAGAAAGCAUUUCCUGUGAGAGACAGGGCCUGGAAGGCUGAACAGCCAUGGCUGUCGUAAUACGAACGAGCUUCGAAAACAGAUUGUCCUAAUGCUUCUGGAGAUGGACUCCGUGCCUUUAUGUAUACGGUGCCAGUAGGUAUUUGGUAUUUGCGCC